CUCAUUUUAUACUCUGCAGGGGAACAAGGAAAACCAGGUACCAACAAGCCAUUCCCAGGCCCCCCUGGUCCAAAAGGAGACCAGGGAGCAGUUGGGAAGACUGGAGCGCAGGGACCACAGGGUGCCAAAGGAGAAAAAGGACAGGAUGGAGUUGGGACAUCAGGAGUGAAGUACGUUCGCUGGGGAAGGACCACAUGUCCUAGUGGUGCGCAGAUAGUUUAUAAAGGUAAGCGAAAAGGAGCUUACAUGAUAGUUACUAUUACUCCUAUGGUCCUAAAGACGGAAAAAGUGAUAACCUGAAGAUUUUUAUGCCACAUACACUUACUAAUCAUUAUUUGAAAGUGACAACUAUGAAAUUUCUCCAAGCUUGUUACAUUUACUGGUCAUGACCCGGGCAUCUCUUUAAGUUAUCUUUUUGUUGCAUCUUUCCAGCAUAUUUUAAACCUUUCAGUGUAACUGGUUCGUACCUGUUCAUGCAUAAAACAGACGGAAAUCUGGGUAUGAGAUAAAGACCCUUGUUUUUCCUAACAAUGCGCGCUCUCACGGCAUUUACGUUGAGGUCACAUGAAAAUGUAUCCCGCAAAAAGUUUUUUGACAAGCAAUAUUGCAAACUCUAUGUCAUCGAACAGACCCCUGAACAGUGAAUUAUCACCCAAGAAGCAUGCAUAUAUGAUUGCCGCUUGCUGAAAUUUAGUGUCAUAAAUUUGUACAAGUAGGCUUUUCUAUGUUUUAGUGAUCAAUAUAAAUAGACAAGGAAAUGGCAAAAAAAGGACAUUGUAAUUCUAGAGUAUUGUAUUAAAUUUCUGCCUCAAAAUGUUACAGCCAUUUCUGGUUUGUGGUCUUGGUGUUUUUUAAAAACCAUCUUAUUAGUUCGCUAUCUUAGAGCGGUUUUCAUUUGACUGUCGAAAGGGAUUGGUUUUGGUUUUGGUUUUGGUUUUACUACGCCCUUUGGUUGGCUAGUGUAUUUACUUUGGUUUUGGUUUUACGACAGUCAAGUGAAAACCGCUCUAAUAUUCACCUCUUAGCGAUAUUGCGUGAGCUAGAUGUUUUGGCAAUUUUUGCGUAAGAACUAGUCUACAGAAUCGUAUGGUUAAUGUUUUUGAAGGUAAGAAAAGAUUUCAAACUAUUUUAACUGCGUUUUCCGACUUACUUUUACAGCAGAAUGCUUUUAGUUUGCAACAACAGUUUACUUGAGUAGAAGAUGCCAUUCUGUUAACUCAACAUUUCCUUACAAGAGAAAUUCAGUUACCUAGAAAUCAAAGUUAAUUUAUGACAAAAGAAAAUGAAAGCAAAUGUUCGCGAAAAUUCUUUAUUUCAAAUAACCAAGACAGAGAAAAGACGCCUUGCCUCCCUCAACCGCUAGCCGCCCUUUCAUGCACUUGCGAAGAGCAGAACAGGAAAGUUUUUAAUUAACUUGGCGAGUUGACAGAAUUUCAAAGAAUAAUUGUUGAUAAUUUUUUUUUUGUCUUGUAUCAGGUAUAAUGGGUGGAGAGCAUUACAAUCACCAUGGUGGUGGAGCGAACUACCUCUGCCUUCCACACAAUCCAAAGUAUGACAAGUACAAAAAUGGCCAUCAGACCUCUGGAUACGUGUACGGCACUGAAUAUGAAGUGAGUGAAUACAACGGAGACCCUUUUAAGAGAAAUCUUCACAAUCAUGACGCACCAUGCGUUAUCUGCUUCGUCAAGUCACGUGGCUCGAUGCUGAUGAUGCCUGCCAGGAAUGAUUGUCCAUCCGGAUGGACCGAGGAGUAUCAUGGGUACCUGAUGACAGAAAAUCAUGGACACAGGCAUUCACGUGAUUUCAUCUGUGUUGACGAGGAUCCGGAGUAUGUUCCAGGUAGCAAUGUAAACAAGAAUGGUGCAUUGCUGUACCCUGUGGAAGGUGUUUGUGGCUCACUCCCAUGUCUUCCUUAUGUCAGCGGUAGAGAGUUAACAUGCGCUGUGUGCACCAAGUGA